UCAGAGCUCAAUCUUUGUUUUUCAAAUUUUCAGUCUUAUGUAGUGUACUUGGGAGAACACAAACAUGGGCUUGAGCCAACUUCGUGCUGAGAUUGCAAGGGACAAGAUUUUUUACUCAUAUUCUCAUUCCAUCAAUGGUUUUGCCGCGGUCCUGGAGGAGGAAGAAGCUGCGCAGUUAGCAAAACGUUCGGAUGUGAUUUCUGUUUUUCCAAACAAGCCAAAGAAACUGCACACAACUCAUUCAUGGGAAUUUUUGAGAUUGACAAGAGAUGGGAUUAUUCCUUCCCAAGGGAUUUGGAAAAAGGCAAGGUUUGGGAAAGACACCAUCAUUGGAAACCUAGACACCGGUGUUUGGCCGGAAUUAAAGAGCUUUUCAGGUGAAGGGUAUGGUCCCAUUCCAUCAAGGUGGCGUGGAACCUGUCAAAGUGGAAAUGGAGAUAAAUUACUUUGCAAUAGGAAGUUGAUAGGAUUAAGGUACUUUAACAAAGGUUUAGCUGAAGCUGUUGGUGACCAACUAAAUUCCUCGUUAUCAACUGCGAGGGACCUUGAUGGCCAUGGAUCACACACCCUAUCAACUGCUGGUGGCAAUUUUGUUCAAGGAGCUAAUGUUUUUCGCCAUGGUAAUGGGACAGCAAGUGGGGGAUCACCUGCAGCUCGUGUAGCAGCUUAUAAAGUAUGCUGGCCCCAAACUGGAGGCACUGCAUGCAUGGAUGCAGACAUCCUUGCUGCCUUUGAUGCUGCAAUUAGUGAUGGUGUUGAUGUGCUCUCACUGUCACUCGGUAGUGAUGCACAGGAAUUUUCUGAGGAUGGAAUUGCAAUUGGGUCCUUCCAUGCUGUCAAGAAUGGCAUUACUGUGGUUGCUUCUGCUGGUAAUUCUGGGCCAACACCAGGGAGCGUAUCCAAUGUGGCACCUUGGAUAUUUACAAUUGGGGCUAGCACAAUUGACAGGGAGUUCACAAGUUAUAUCAAGCUUGGGAACAAGAAGCAGAUUAAGGGAAUGAGUCUUUCUGCAACAAUUCUGCCUCAUGGGAAAUACUAUCCACUGAUUACUGGUGCAAGCGCUAAGUUAGAUAAUGUCCCAGAAGUAGAUGCCAACCUGUGUGCACCAGAUUCGCUUGACCCUAGAAAGGCUAAGGGAAAGAUUGUGGUGUGUCUUCGAGGGGAUUAUGGAAGAACAGAGAAAGGGGUAGCAGCCCUUCGAGCCGGAGCUGUUGGCAUGAUUCUAGCGAAUGAUGAGCAAAGUGGAAAUGAAGUUUUAGCAGACGCUCACAUGCUCCCAGCUGCUCACGUCAAUUUUGCUGAUGGUCAAACUAUCUAUGCCUACAUCAACUCUAAUGGGAAACCUAUAGCAAAAAUCAAACAUGUAAAGACUGUAUUGGGUACAAAACCGGCUCCAAAAAUGGCUGCGUUCUCAUCUAGGGGACCUAAUUUCAUAGAUCCAGAAAUUCUCAAGCCUGAUAUAACAGCACCUGGGGUGGCGAUCAUUGCUGGUUAUAGUCUAGCAACUUCACCAACUGAUUCUGAGUUUGAUAAACGCCGAAUUCCAUUCAACACGCUAUCCGGUACUUCUAUGUCUUGCCCUCAUGUUUCCGGUGUUGUUGGACUUCUCAAGACACUCUACCCUCUUUGGAGUCCUGCAGCUAUUAAGUCUGCAAUAAUGACUACCGCAAGAAUACGUGAUAAUGAAGAACAGGCAAUGAAAGAUUCUUCAACCAAUGAUAUGGCAACUCCAUUUGCGUAUGGGGUAGGAGAUGUGAGACCAAACCGAGCAAUGGAUCCUGGCCUCGUUUAUGACUUAACAGUUGAUGAUUACUUGAACUACCUCUGUGGCCGGGGAUACAACACAAGCUUGCUAAAAAGUUUCACAACCAAGCCAUAUGCAUGUCCCAAGUCAUACAGCGUAACAAACUUCAACUACCCUUCAAUUUCACUUCCUGAAUUGAGUGGGCAGGUGACUGUCACUAGACGAGUAAAGAAUGUUGGCCAUCCAGGUACAUACUCCGCCCGCAUCAAGUCACCAGUUGGAGUCUCAGUAUCAGUUAGACCUAAGACACUGACAUUCAAGAAGAUGGGUGAAGAGAAGGAAUUCGCAGUUACAUUCAACUCUACGAGUAAAGUAGGGUCUGGAGAUUUUUUAUUUGGGCAGUUGGUCUGGUCUGAUGGGAAGCAUAAUGUUAGGAGUCCUAUAGUAAUAAACCACAAGUAGAUUUGGUGUAAAGUGGGUUUUUAUGCAAGUUCUUUAGGUCGUGGAGGCUUUAUUUACAAGUUCUGAGGAGGAUAGUUUUCCUGUUGGAUGAUUUAGACUUUUUCUAAGGUAAGUUAGCUUGAUACAUUUGGGUUCUGUUGUUCUGUUCAUCAUUUUCCAUUCCCCUGUUUUAUGAUUUAUAUGUUGAAAUGCUUUAUCGAUUCCGUCAUGUCAUAGUGGGUUCACUGCUUGAAUAUGAUGAUUCUAUGGUCUAUUUAUUUGAUUUUGGUGGUGUUGAUGGCUGAUUCAUGCUAAUAAGUUUUCUUGGAAAUAAGAAUUCCUGAUGUUAUGAGUUCAAAGUUUCCCUCUGUUUGUUUUCUUUCUAUGGUUGAUUCGAGUUCUGUUUGCGUCUUUGUUUACUAAAGUCAAUUUUAUUCU